ACUACCAACACCACUUUUGCUUGAUUCUAGAUCUCCAGUCGAUUACACCUCCCCUACUCUUAUUUCUGGAGCUGUCUCUACUGUCUCUUCAGAUAUCACAUCACUCCUGCAGCCAUGUCGUCGCCAUUCUCCAUAAACGGCGGCGCCUGCGUGGCAAUGGUGGGUAAGGACUGCGUGGCCAUCGCCUGCGACCUCCGCCUCGGCAUGCAGGCCCUCACCGUGUCCAACAACUUCCCCAAGAUCUUCCAAUACGGCGACGUUUUCCUCGGCCUGACGGGCCUUGCCACCGAUGUUUCGACCGUGUCCGACUUGUUUCGUUACAAGGUCAACAUGUACCGUCUUCGCGAAGAACGCAACAUUAGCCCACAGACCAUGGCCAACCUCGUCAGCUCAAGUCUGUACGAGAGACGCUUUGGCCCAUACUUCAUCAGCCCGGUGAUUGCAGGUAUCAACCAGACGAGCGGGAAGCCAUUCAUCUGCGGUUUCGACAGCAUUGGGUGCAUCGACUUUGCAAAGGACUUCAUCGUAAGCGGAACAGCGAGCGACCAGCUGUUUGGAACAUGUGAGGGACUGUGGGAGCCGGAUCUGGGCCCAGAGGACCUGUUUGAGACCAUUUCACAGGCGCUACUCAACGCCGUCGACCGUGACGCACUUUCAGGUUGGGGCGCACAUGUUUACAUCAUCGAAAAGGACAAGGUGACGAAGCGGUUACUCAAGGGCAGGCAAGAUUGAGAGGGUGCGUGGCACACGGUGGCAUACAAUGAUCUUAUGAGCUAUGAACGCACGCCAGAGGAGUACCAGUGGUUGGGCUAAGCACUGUGACUGGACGAAGUGAGACUACUUGUACGGAUAGGCAUUGAACUAUCCAGGUUGCUUUCACCUCGUAUUAGUAGUGGAGGAACAGAGACAGCUCUGUAAUCAACAAGGUGUCUUCAGAAGAUGAAGUCACAAUGCA